UCCAUAACCUCACGAGAGAGAGAGAGACCGUAACAAAUUUCAGAGAUUUCCUACUCGCGGAUCCCUUACGGCACUUCUUCCAUUCUCCCAUCACCUAUCUCAAUUCUUUCCACGGCAGUUCUUUUCUUUGAUUCGCUCCAUUUCCUCUUCUUCUUGAACAAAUCUUUUUGUUUUCAUUAAUCUUGGGCUUGUUCAAUCUGUUAUUGCAUCACUGUUUAUGCACGGAUUGGUUCUCUAAGUGUUCUUCGAGGUUAUUGCAUCAUUAUUGAAUUAGCAGCCGCUUCUCGGGUUUUCCAGUUUGUUAUUGAUGGGCAGUGGCUAUUUUCUCAAGAACAUGGCUUAGAUCUUGAUUUUGAUGGAUGGGUAUGUUUCUUCUUCUUGAGGCGACGCCUAGAACAUGGUCUCUCUGCGACCCUUUCGCAGAUUCUUCCAUGCUGGUACCGUCAUUGCAUCAAUAGAGACUUCUGCAGCUAUAUUGAAUCGAGUUCAGAACUCGAAACCUCUCGAAGAACCUGCCCUCAUAAAACUAAAAGCUGAACGGGACCCCGAAAAGCUGUUCCAUCUGUUCAAAGCCAAUGCGCACAAUCGACUUGUGAUUGAGAAUCGAUUUGCAUUUGAAGAUACUGUGUCUCGGCUGGCUGGAGCUCGUCGCUUUGAUUACAUUGAACAUUUACUUGAGCAUCAGAAGACACUUCCACAAGGACGCCGUGAAGGAUUCAUUAUAAGAAUCAUAAUGUUAUAUGGAAAGGCUGAGAUGAUCAAGCAUGCUGUUGAUACCUUUUAUGAUAUGCACUUAUAUGGCUGCCAUAGGACUGUGAAAUCAUUUAAUGCUGUUCUUAAGGUUAUGAUGAAGACUCGUGAUUUAGGAGCCCUUGAGGCAUUUUUAAGAGAAACUCCUGAAAAAUUCAAUAUCGAGUUGGAUAUUAUUUCUGUUAACAUUGUUGUGAAGGGUUUUUGUGAUAUGGGUAUUUUAAAUAGAGCUUAUCUUCUCAUGUUAGAGAUGGAGAAGUUGGGAAUAAGACCAGAUGUGGUUACAUAUACUACGUUAAUUUCAGCUUUUUACAAGGCCAAUCAAUGCGAAAUUAGUAAUGGUCUGUGGAAUCUAAUGGUUUUGAGAGGUUGUUUGCCCAAUCUUGCUUCUUUCAAUGUGAGAAUUCAAUAUUUGGUUGACAGGAGACGAGCUUGGGAGGCUAAUAAAUUGAUGAAUGUGAUGAAGAACAUUGGGAUUGUACCAGAUGAGAUUACUUACAAUCUGGUAAUGAAAGGUUUCUGCAGAGCUGGGUUUCUUGAAAUGGCUAAAAGGGUUUAUUCUGCUUUGCAUGGGAAUGGAUAUAAACCAAAUGUCAAAAUUUAUCAAACUAUGAUUCAUUAUCUGUGCAGAAGUGGGGAUUUCAACCUGUCAUAUACAAUGUGCAAAGAUGCCAUGAACAAGAAUUGGUUUCCAAACAUUGAUACACUUCACUCUGUACUUACAGCCCUCAAGAAGAUGGGGCAGCCUGGGAAGGCUCAAUUGAUACUCACAUUGGCUACCAAAAGGGUACCUCCUUUCACUACUUCUCAGUUAGAAGCUUUGAAUACCACGCUGGUCAAUAGCUGAAAAGAGAUUUGUAGAUUGGUGCUACAUAAAAGUAACAGAAAGCUCUAAAGGAGCUUUCUCUGAGAGGCUCUCUUUUUCUUUAUGGGAUCUGUUGAGAUUUUUGGCUCGCAAUAAAGCUAGGACCCUGAUCGAGCAACUAGUAGUCCUAUCUAUUUAUCUCUCCAGACACAAUAUCUUGAGUACCCAUAUCGAUCUCUACUAAUUGGAUAUGAGACUAGGCGAAGGGAAGCUUUAUGGGAGAAAGGAGGAAAAGGUCGGUACAGCUAGUAGCUAAAGGGUUGACUCAAACAUAUGGUCUCGAUUACGAAGAAGAGGUUCUGAAUGGAGCGGCCGUCAUUUACCAUAUUCUCUGUGAGUUACUGAGCAAGUCUCACCCUCUCACGCACAUUAGGCACACAUACUUGGGCUGUUUGUUUAUUCAUACAUGUAUGUGUGUACUAUUUCUGUGCUGUUAUGUGGGUUAUAAAUUUGCUGGCCUUAUGCCUUGAAAGCCAUUGUCUGAUUGAAGAUUUCUGAAUCUGUCUCUGUGUGCAAAUCUAUCAUCUUGUCGUUGUCCCUUUAGAUUACAUGGAGAGCGUAAUGUCUAUGGACCAUGAGGAAGGUAGCAUGUUGGUGGUGUGUUUUCCCGUUCGAUUAAUUGUCACUCGUGUCUAUGGACUAUGGGGAAGGCUCAUUCUGUCUGCUCUGUUGGUCCAACAAGGUUUCCUAAGCCGUUGAUGGACUGAUCAUUGUUGCAGGACUUGGCAAAAGCUUUAGUUGGCAUGCAUCUCGAGAGGUCGGAGAUGAUCUCUCGAGUCUCGACCCAUAUCACCACAGCAUUAGACAGAAUGCAAGGAGGGAGAGAAAGACAUCAUCUCAAGUUAUAAAUGAAGCUGAAGAACAUGCAGAAACAGUGGCUUGUUAGAUCCUAUAUUUUUGACCUGGGAUCUCUGUUCUUGGAAGAGCAUGUUUUUGAAUCUUGGGCGCCUAUGUUUCUCUUGUCAUGGAUUCUGUUCUUGUCUGGUAACUAUCCUGUGUAAAGGGGAAAUGUAGAUUACAGCAUGAGUUUUCCAUCUUUUGUGAUGCAAAAGGUAUUCAUAAGGGGAAAUAUUGUUUAUUCAUUCUUUCAUUGCUGCUCAUAUCCGAUAAUAACAAAAUUAAUAAAGGUAUUCAUAAGGGUUUCUUAGUGUUCA